GAAUCAGUGUUUGUUUUGGGCUUCGUCCCCGUGCCUUUUCAUAGCAUGUUGUAUUUUGGGUGGAGUAUUAAAACCCCCCAUUACGUAUUCCUGCGGCUGUCUCAUUUAUACAACGUGACAGAGGUGGAGGAACUGAAGACAGAGAAUGCAGACAAAAGUGGCCUUCUCUGCUGCUUUGACUCAUUCAGGAGGGAUGGGACCCUUMAAAAAUGACACCACACUGAUCUACAGUAAAGUCUUCACCAACACUGGCAGGGCCUACAACCCAACUACAGGCAUCUUCACAGCACCAGUGAGAGGAGUCUACUACUUCAGAUUCACCGCUUUUGAAAACCGCACUGGGAAAGACAUGGUUGUUUACCUUUACCACAAUGACGAGACGGAUGUUUAAUAAUGACACCAAUGAUCAGUAUUAUGAGUACAUAUCUAAUGCUUUGUCUCUAGAGCUGGAUGAGGGGAUGUGGUCUACAUGCAUCUCCCUGCAGGCUGUGGACUCUGGGAUAAUAUGAAUAAUAACUUCACCACCUUCAGUGGCUUCCUGCUCUUCCCUGUGUGAAUACAGCACCAUGAUGUAAUGCUGUAAUGAACUAAACUUUCUGAUGUGAACCGUUCUGGGGUUAAACACCCCAAUGUUCCUCCCUAACCAAUAAAUAAGCAUUACAAAAGCCA